UAAAAGGUGGAUGGCUCUUAUGGUGUCUAGCUAAUCAGAUGGAGAAAAUGCACAUUAAACGUUAUUAAAUGUGAAUUUCACAAAUGUUCUUGUGCUGUUAAGCCUUUAUGAAGAUUUUAUGAUUGAAAGUAUAUAUUUUUCUUUAUCCAUUGCUUUUUAAGCGGGGAGUGAUAGAGUCGUUUCCUCUGCUCUCAUGAGGCUCUAGCAUGUUAGCAUGCCCUCUGAUUUCAUAUCUCUCCUGAGCGCCGAUAUCGACCCCAGUUCACCUAAAUCCCUCUAUUCCAAAGAGUCAGUGUAUGACCUGCUCCCUAAAGAGCUGCAGUUGCCCUCAGUCAUUCAGCAGGACAACUCCACCAUGAGCCAGAAGAGCGGUGGAGAGGCUGGACCUCCUCCUCCAGCUGCCCUGGCCUCAGAUGCUGCAGCCACCUGCGAUGUUUCCUCCCCUGGAGGCCUCAGCAGUACACUUCCUUCCUGUCCCACAAUGCUCUCCGCUACCUCAGUCCAAGAGCAGACCUCCAGGCUCCACAGUGGUCCCCUGUCAGAGGGGAUGGGAGUGGAUCCUGGACCAGUGGUAGCCAUCACUGGUGUAGCUGUGGGUGAUGCUGUCGGAUCCACACAGAGCCAGGCGACCCCCUCGAAACGACGGACUGUGCUGAGCAUCUCUCCACCUCCAGAAGAUCUGUUGGAUGACAGUCGCAUGUCCUGUCAAGAUGACCUGCUGCCUAACCCGGACUCAGAGCAGAGUGGUAGCAUGUGGAUGGAUGAGUCUGUGUCCAACUUCAGUUUGGCCAGCAGCAGUUCAUACAACGACAAUACUGAAGUGCCCCGAAAAUCUCGCAAGAGAACUCCUCGCCAGCGUCCGGGGCCAAAACCUGCAGCCCGGGAAGAAGCAGGAAUGGACGUUUUUGAUGCAGACAGCGCCAAAGCGCCACACUUCGUUCUUUCCCAACUUGGUUCAGAUGUCAAAGUCACACCCAAAGUGAGCUCUCUGGAAGUGUCGAACAAUCAGAAAGGGGGUGUUCUUUCCAUUCAGUACCCACAGAAAAGUGAAGGGAAAGAGCUAAAGAUUUUGAUUCAGCCGGAGACUCAGCACAGAGCGCGAUACCUCACGGAGGGCAGCAGAGGAUCCGUCAAAGACCGUACACAGCAAGGAUUCCCUAAAAUCAAAUUAGAGGGAGUCAAUGAACCGGUGGUGCUCCAAGUUUUUGUGGCUAAUGACGCUGGUCGUGUGAAGCCUCAUGGGUUUUAUCAAGCCUGCAGAGUGACUGGGCGCAACACGACAGCCUGUAAGGAGGUGGAUAUCGAGGGGACCACAGUCAUAGAAGUAAACCUUGACCCAAGCAACACUAUGACGCUAGCAGUGGACUGUGUUGGAAUCUUGAAGUUGAGGAAUGCUGAUGUUGAAGCUCGUAUAGGGGUUGCUGGCUCCAAAAAGAAGAGCACUCGUGCUCGUUUGGCCUUCAGAGUCAACAUCCCAAGACCAGAUGGAUCUGUUCUAACCCUCCAGACUCUCUCUUCUCCCAUCCUCUGUACUCAACCUGCUGGAGUGCCUGAAAUCCUAAAAAAAAGUCUUCACAGUUGCUCUGUGGCAGGAGGAGAGGAGGUCUUUAUUAUCGGCAAGAACUUCCUCAAAGGAACCAAAGUUGUUUUUCAGGAAAAUUCUUCAGAUGAGAGUGGCUGGCAGGCUGAAGCAGAAAUUGACAUGGAACUUUUCCAUCAGAAUCAUCUAGUGGUGAAGGUUCCUCCAUAUCAUGACCAGGCAGUGACCUCCCCAGUGUCUAUAGGGAUUGCUGUGCUGACAGAUGCAGGGAGAACGCAUGAUGUACAGCCUUUUACCUACACUCCUCUAACAGAGAAAGUUGAUAUUCCCGUGAAGUCAGAAUUGCCAGCCACAGUUGAAACUUGCGCCUAUGAAGAGCAGAUAAAAGCAAUGCAAACUGAGACCAGUUGUAUAAACAAUGUCGUAAUGUUACCGGUAGUCAAACGUGAAGAACCUAUGGAAGUCUCCUGCAAUGCAACACCUUCAAACAUUUUCAAGCCUGUAGAUGACCUUAGUUCAACCCAACAAAUCUUGGAGAUAAGUACAGUCCUUCCCUCUGGUAGUAAGUCUUUUCCAAGCCCUGUGCCUCUCCAACCUGUUGACUCACAACAGCCAGUGGCUCAAAUUUGUACUUCUCAAGAAACCUUGUCCACCAUUCCCAAGCAGGACAUUUCUUCACCUGCAUCGUUCCAAGUGUCCUUAUCUGAAGACACAACAGUUCUCCAGCCUGUUCCUCCACAGGUCCCUCAGCAAUUCCUGCGGGAAACCCCUGAGACUUUGUCUCCGGAAGACAACAGUGCAGAUGGAAGUGGAAUGGUAUUAGUGGGCAUAGAGUCUCGGUCUCCUUCAUCCCAGCAGCCACAGAUUCAGACACUUUUGCCCCAAGAUGGGGUUACACAGCUGGAAAGAGCAGUACGAGAGCUGCAAGCACAACAGCAGCAGCUAAAUUCUGUGCUUUACAGCUCGGCACUGUCUGCAGAAAGUCUCCAGCAACAUGUCCAGGAAAAUAUGAACAGUUUGAGGCUGGGUGGAAAUGAGAGUACCCUAACCAACCAGCAACAGCAGCAGCAAGAGCAGAAUAUAUUGGAUAAUUUGCAACAACAGCAACAGAAGGCACUAGUGGAUUUACAACAUCAACAGACAGUCCUUGAAAAUUUGCAACAGCAUCAGAAAGUCCUUGAAAACCUCCAGCAACAUGCUCUUGGCAACUUGCAGCAACAGCAAACACACAAAGUUUUAGAGAACCUGCAGCACCAACAUCAGCAUCAGAAGGUUCUUGAGAACAUUCAGCAACAAAGUUCUAUAGUCACUCUGCAGCAUCAAAAGGUUUAUGAUAAUAUCCAACAGCAGCAACAGCAUCAGAAGAAUUUAGAAACUCUUCAGCAUCAGGAAGUAUUAGAGAGCCUAAAGCAGCAACUGCAGUCAGAACUCUUGCAGACACAGAUUCAAAUGCAGUGCACACCCAGCUUCACUAGCGAUCCGCAAAGCUCCACACAGGCUAGUGCUCUAUCACAACCCUCUGAAGGCUUUCUCCAGAACCCACCCCAGCAGCAAAUGCAGCAGCAGACUGCGCUAUUCCAACAGACUGGAGGUCUUAUGACCAUUCAAACAUCCAGCUUUCUUCAGCAGCCAUCAUCCCAACCCUCGCCUCCACAGCAGCUUUUUCAGAGUCAUAACCCCUUGACUGAAACACAGGACUCACAGACUGUACUUUUUGGAACCACAAAGGCGCCACAAGUCCAAGCAAGCUUAUUUCCUGGAACUAUGACCAUGCUAACAAGUACCAAUCUGCCAUCAGAGCAGCAGGCUUCCUCAACUAGCCUGUUUAUUGCGCAAAGUGUGUUGCCUAGCCAGCUACCAUUGGAUAAUAACCAGAACCAGCAGCAACAACAGAUAGCUUUCCUCACACCCAUGCAGACUUCUGGAACAGAAGCUCAGACUGUCUCAAUUUUUCAGGGACAAACCCAGUUGUCCACCCCAAUGGAACAACAACAGUCUCCCCAACCACAACAGUUGGCUACACCCCAACAAGCCUCUCUUUUCACAAAUAUGGCGACAAUAUCCCAGAAUCAAGCACAGCAACAAACACAGACUGGCAUAUUGUUCUGUACCACAACCCUUAACCCCCAUGAUUUGCCCCAGGCUCUGCUUUUCAGUAGUCAGAACCAAGGUUCAAUAGGAAAUGAUCACCUGCAAGAGAAUAUCUUUCAGGAGCAGCAACCCAUGCAAGUUGUCCCCAGUCCUGAAAACGUUACUUUGAACAAUUCCUCAAACCAACCCACAGUCCCUCUUGCCCAGCCAACUCAGAAUCCAUCAAUUAUAUUUCCCCAAGCCAGUGUUGUGAGUGUUGCCCCACAAGACUCAUCAGAGCCCAUGUCUAUUCAAAAUCAGACUUCGAUCAUGAGCAACUCGUUUGCCAGUAUAACUUCAACACAGACAGAACUUUUUCAGGACCAGCAACCUAUGCAGGUUGUUCCCAGUGCCACCAGCAUAACCCCUGUCUCCCCUACAGACCAACCUUCCAUCAACCUUUAUUUGCCUGAGUCAGCCAUUUCAGCUCUCCAGAGUGGUGUUAGUGCUCAAGAAUUACCUCCAACUGCCACAGCAUCCACCAUCUUUAGUGGACCAGGUGGUGUGGCAGUGGGCGGUCUGCAGAACACCACACCUUCAGCCACUCAGCAACCUCCUAGCCAACUCUUUCAGACAGCUAUCGGGGGAACUCUCAGCCAGCCUGGACAAGCAGGCCUGUUUCUCUUUGAGAUUCCCAGUGAAUGUGGACAGCUAAUUAAUUCUCCUGGUCCGGCAUUGUCAGAUCAACUUGUAACCAUGGGGCAUCCAGGUUCGGAUCAGAACCAGAGCCAACUUCAGACUAGUGCACAGAUUGAAACUUUAUUGGACCAGUCCAGCAACAUUGAGGAUAAGAUAGACGAACUUCUGGAACGAUUUCAAGAGCAAGCCAAGACGCUCCCUAGGGAUUUCUUGGACCAUUAAAGAUAAUUAGUUUGAAAUUUCACUCCAGUAGACCACCAUCCCCACUGCUUUUCAAUGUUUUUUUAUUUAGUUUUUUUACAUUUUAUGUAGGUAUUGUCUAAACUAACAACUGUCAAAUAGGUGUUUCCAGUUAUAUCUCUGUUUCUGAAACCUUGUAAUGUGUUGUCUAAGUGGUACAUGUUACCUUCUCUUGAUGGACAUUUAAAGGUCCACUUUAUUGAAGCCAGUGUUUGGCAUGUCAACAUAUCAAUUGACCCAUAUUGGCACUUUACUACUUUGUAAUGUGUUUUUGACAUCCACCUGAAUCUUCUCCAUAUAUUGGCAUCAUUAAUCUCCAUUUAUUGGCAUCAUUAAUCUGUUUUUAAGUAUAAAAUGACCUAAUACAGUUCACAACUCAACUCUAUCGCCAUCGAGAUAUCCAAUACAUUGUGAAUGAAUUUGAAAUAUAUUUAGCACUUUAGGGAAUUUCUAUGGUAGAUGCUCCCGUUUAGCUUAGUAACCCAUAUGUGUCUACCUGGAUGUCAAAGCUUUUUAAGAUUUGAUAGUUAUAAUGCUGUUCUAAACAAUGUUUUGUGCGAUUUAUUUUAUGAGCCAUGUUUAAUGUUUGUUUUAAUGUUUUUUAUUAUUUGCAUACAUGUCCUUCUAAUCCAUCCAAAAUUCACAUCAUAACAUUAAUGCCCAAUGUAUAAAAAAAAAAAUAUCACUCCUCCCCACCUUUUCUGUUUCAUUUUUAUUCAUUAUGUUUUUUAUUUAAAUGAACCUGAGGUCCAACCUUUUGUACAGAAAUUCCUAUUAGGGAUGUGUAAAUGUUUGUUGUGGUAGGUGGAGAUUAUUUAAUAAGCACAAGCAUGCAAGAAGAUUUGUUGAGUUAGGCAAGUAUGCGUCUCAUUAGUAAUUUAAAAGGACAUAUUAUGAGAGUUUUUCUUGGGCAGCUUUUUCUUGGACAGUGGCAGUUAGGUCCAUAUUACCUGAGUGUUCAAGAAGGGAUUGGGUUGUUUUCACCCCCAAGUUACAAUUUGACCCAUCUGUCUUUAUUAUAUGAUUCAGCCAUUUAAGAUUGAAAAAAAACAUUAUUCUUGUUUUAGAACAAGCAACAAAGAGCUUCAUGCCACUGCUGCAAGACAAUCUUGUCAUACACAUUUUUAGUUAAAUUUAGGUGGAUAGGAAAGUGUAUUCAACUCAAAAGUCAUGUAUCCUAGCUGUAAGGUUUCUCUACACCGUCCUACAGAGUUUAAUAUUCACAUUGAUAGAAUGCUGCUACAUUUUGUCAACUGAUUUGUCAACAUAUUGUUAUAAGUUUGUCUAGGUGUAUGACUCUGGCUUGGGUUUGAGCGGUCCAUGGUUUGAUCCCGGACGAGCCCCCACUUGUUACUAAUGUAUUGUUUAACCCCCCCUAUAAAUUCCUAUUUGUUGUAGGACAUUGCAAAAAUAUUUUAUUAAAUUACAAACAUAUUUGACAUUUUACUUAUUCAUAGACACCUGCGAUUUUAAUACCUUUUUUAAAACAUUACCUACAAUUUUCAGUAUACUUUAUUCCAAGAAGCAGCUUUUAAAUUGACAAUAUUCUCAUGCAGAUAUAAUGUGAGUAGUACUAUUUGAAGUCUUCAUAACUGUUUUUGCUUUGAUACAUCAGCUAUAUUUUAUAACAUACCCUUUCUUGCCUUUUUUCUUUCCUUUGUUAGAAUGUGCUUUAUGUAAAGUUUGCAUAACAAAUUGUAAAUCGUAGACCAGCUGGGUUAAGUGUGCUGUUCCUUUGUGAGGUAGCACUUUGUUAAAUGCGUGCUCUCUUUGUAGUAUCACAUAAUAUCUCACCUGCAAGUGAGGCAUACAUACAGUAUUUUUGUAAGACUGAAUUUCUAAAUGUACUGUGUACAUUUUAAACAUUUUAAAAGUGAAUUUUGUCCCUCCUGCAGUACUGUACUUCAUAUGUCAAUAUUCAGAGCAGUGAAGAUGUUUUUGUCCCCAUCACUGUUACAAAAUGGAGAUAGUUAUGUGUUUUGUUGGCGAAAAUUUAAAUACUGUCAAUUUAUGAAUUAUUACAACAACAAAAAAUGGGUGAGUGCAAAAGGGUGAAUCUCCUUAAAACUGUCAAUACAUUUCUGGGUCAUAUUUCACCCCAACAUCCAAAGAAAAAAAAAUAUGGCAAUUAACCUAUUUUUUGUUGUUGUAUAUUUGCAUUGUGACAUUAUCUUUAUGACAAUUAAGCAUAUCCCCAGGCCCUAAAAAAUUGUGACCAUAAUGUAAAAAACAUAUCUCAUUAUUAUUAUUAUCGAAUGUCAAAGAAAUACUAAUACUUGAAUUUAAUUCUAUUGAAAAGUAAAAUUGUGAGUAAAUAUCAUGGUUGUAUUUGUUGUACUGAAUUAAAUUUAUUUGAAUUUUCUUUCCCAUUGUGUUUUGACCGAAUUAUUUUUUUAAUUAAUUGUCAUGAAGAUAAUGUUAGAAUAAAAGAAAAAGUAAUAGCUCCAUAAAGGGCUAAUUUUUAUUAUUGUUGUUUUUUGCAAAGCAUAAUAUCUUAUUUUGUCUUUUGAUUUUUAGGUAAAUUAUGAGCCAGACAUUUGUUUGUGUUAUAUGAAAUGUAUAGGCUUAUGUUCUGGAUCCUGCAUUCCAUACAAGGCCAUAAAAAGAUAAAGAAUCUGAGUCAAAGAAUGUGUGCAUUUUAAAUCAUGGUGUAUGGCAUAUGGAUUCACACUACAUCUAACCUAAGGACCAAUUAUGAAGACUAAAGUUUUUUCUCAAAACAAGGCAGCAGAACCGCUAUCUUUUUGAUAAGUAAUUGCGAGACCUUUCUUGGUUUUUUUGAUACUGAUGUUCCAGCUUAAAUCGGAAAUCAUACUGUAUGUACAAUGAACAAAAACAUUACUGCAAAAAUCCAUCAUUUCUAUGAACUUUAAUGUUUUAAGAGGUUGUAUUUUGCUCUUUUACUUCACAUAAUAUUGUGUGUUUUGAUUGGAUGUACUUUGUGCCUUUGCAAGCCUUUCCUCUUAUAUCUAAAGGACCUUUGUACAUAAUGAAAUACAUGUUGGAAUUAGUAGAGUUACUAACUUACUCCAGAAGUUAAAAAAAAAAAAAAAUGUUUUUUUUUUUUUAUUGAAAUUGUUUUGUCUGGUCAAGGUGACAUUAACCAGUCCAUCAGUGUAGUCUCGAUUACAUCUGAUCUAAACAUAUAUAUCAUGAAAUUGUCAUGCAGCCUCAACUCACAUUUUCAUUUUAUUGUAAUUUUUGUCAUUCUUGUCCACUGGUGGUCAUUGCCUCUUGAGAUUUGUGUGGUCAAGACUCAAGGCUUGAGGUAAGAAGAGGGUAAUUAAUCUCAAAGAUAACUGAUUGAUCGGGCAGCAGGUUUAAUGUAAUGAUAUUUGAAGGACUUUUUGUGUUAUGUUUACUGAAAACACGGUUUGGAAGAGUGCUUGCCCCAAUCACCAGCAGUUAUUUGUGCUCUUUGUGUGUAUGUAUGUUAAAUGGAGAGUAUUGUAAUACACUCUUGCACAGUUUUGGUUUGGUUUGCUUUUGUUUGAUGUGAUUAAUGUCCAUAUUGUUUUGUUUGUUUUUUGUCCUAGGGUUAACAACAGUGUACUCAUGAGUGUGCAAGAAUGAGAUUAAGCAUUGUGAAGAAACAUGAACUAAUGGCAUUUGGCAUAAAUAAACGUAUUUUGCUUUAAUCAGUACAUUUGUAUACUCCCGCAGUUAUAUUUCUGUAAGAUGUGCUGCUAUAUGAAUAAAGAUAGAUA